CAGUAUUCAGUUAGCAAUGUUGCUGCUCGUCACAUGGCACAUUUUCUUUAAGUUUUUCCCCUUAACUAAAGAAAAUGAGUAGUGGUUCAAAUCAGAAGACAUUGUUCCAGACUUGGGGUGCAUCCGUCUCCAAAAACAAAGUUGUUCCACCGAAACAGGAUGUCAAGAAAGCUGCUGGACGGCGCAAAACAACCCCAAGGAACACUGCUCAGGUAGCUACAACAUAUCCUCCUCUCAAUCCACUAUGGGCUCAAAUAGGGCAGGGGUGUUCAUACACAACAGAAAACCAAGUGAGGAGGACAGAGGACCCUAAACCUGCAUAUGAAGAUGAUUUUGAUGACGAUGAUUUGAUGGUGGUCGCUGUUUAUGAAGCUGAGAAGAGCCUGCAACUUGAAAAUGGGAACUCUUUUCAAUAUGACAACCCUGUAGCAGCAGAGAGCACUGCUCUCUCUCCCGUCCCCUCAGGUGCGCAGACUUAUCCAGACUUCCCUGGCUUUGACAGCUCCUCGGCUAAGGUAUGGAUUUACCCCACCAACUACCCCCUCAGGGAGUACCAGCUGAAGAUAUCAGAGGCAGCUCUGUUUCAGAACACACUGGUGUGUCUUCCCACUGGUCUGGGAAAGACAUUUAUAGCCGCUGUGGUUAUGUACAACUUCUACCGCUGGUAUCCAUCAGGGAAGAUUGUAUUCAUGGCUCCCACCAAACCUCUGGUGGCUCAGCAGAUCGAGGCCUGUUACAAAGUGAUGGGGAUCCCACAGGCACACAUGGCUGAGCUGACAGGCAGCACAGCAGCAAAGAACAGACAGGAGGUGUGGAGGAACAAGCGUAUCUUCUUCCUCACCCCUCAGGUGAUGGUGAACGAUCUGUCCAGAGACACCUGCCCGGCCCAGCAGAUCAAGUGUGUGGUGAUCGAUGAAGCCCACAAGGCGCUGGGCAACCAUGCCUACUGUCAGGUGAUCAGACAGCUCGGCAGUCAGACUCUGCAAUUCCGUAUCCUGGCCCUAAGUGCAACCCCAGGUGGAGAUACAAAGGCGGUGCAAGCAGUGAUCUCUAAUUUGCUCAUCUCCCACAUUGAGCUGCGUUCAGAAGAGAGCCCAGACAUCCAGGCCCAUUCCCACCAGCGCAGUGUGGAGAAAGUGGUGGUUCCCCUGGGAGAGGCUCUUUCUGCUCACCAGGCGCGCUACCUGCAGGUGUUGGACAAAUUCAUGUCUCGUCUGGUCCAGAAGCGGGUGAUGCCACACAAGGAUCUGCGGUCUCUCAGCAAAUACCAGAUCAUCCUCGCCAGGGAUCAGUUCCGCAAGAACCCACCGCCAAACAUCAAGGGUCCGCAGCAGGGAAUGCUGGAGGGCGACUUCGCCCUCUGCAUCAGCCUGUACCAUGGCUACGAGCUGCUGAUGCAGAUGGGGCUCAGAUCACUCUUCUUUUACAUUCAGGGAAUCAUGGACGGAACCAGAGAGAUGUCCAGGGCCAGAAAUGAGCUGCAGAGGACUCCCACCUUCGUUGACCUUUACCAUGAGAUGGAAGCAAUGUUUGUGAAGCCAUCUGCUGGUCCAGGUGAGCCGUUCAUUUACAGUCACCCAAAACUGAAGAAACUGGAUGAGGUGGUGCUGCAGCAUUUCAAACAGGCUGAGAGUUUGGCAGAAAGUAAAGGGCCUCAGGAAGUAGGCACGCGUGUGAUGAUCUUUUCCUCGUUCCGUGAGAGUGUACAGGAAAUCGCCGACAUGUUGAACCACCAUGCUCCGCUGAUACGGGUCAUGACAUUUAUGGGCCAAGCCUCGGCAGGGAAGGGAGUCAAAGGCUUCACCCAGAAGGAACAACUGGAGGUAAUGUCCAGGUUCCGUCAAGGAGGCUUCAACACGCUGGUGUCGACCUGUGUGGGGGAAGAGGGGCUGGAUAUCGGAGAGGUGGACCUCAUUGUCUGCUUCGAUGCACAGAAGAAUCCCAUCCGUCUGGUGCAGAGAAUGGGACGUACGGGACGCAAGAGGCAGGGAAGAAUUGUGGUCAUCCUGGCUGAGGGACGCGAGGACAGGACCUACAACCAGAGCAUGAGCAACAAGCGCAGUGUGGACAAGUCCAUUAUCGGCAACAGGAGUCGGUUCCACAUGUACCCUAACAGUCCCCGCAUGCUGCCUGAAGGGGUGAACCCCACCCUGCAUAAGAUGCACAUCACCUGCGGCCAGUUUGACCAUCAGGAGAGCAACAGGCAGUCCAUCAGGGGUCGGCGGUCCAACUCUGAGGGGCGGGUCUCACUCAUCCACCCUCAAAAUCUGAUAGUUCGACAGGGCAGCUCGACGUCUGACGGGUUUCUUAGCAGUACUGAAUAUUCCCUCUGGGCGGCCACAAUGAAGCUGGGGGAAGAUGAAGCUCACCCUACUCUAAAACCGUCCCGUUUCUUGUCCAUACCCGGCGAUCUACCACCUCAGGACGAAUGUCAUAGGAUGAACACUGCUGGUGGGGUGUGUCUGUCUGUGCUGUCCUCUCUCCUGGCUGUGGCUGGGGCCCUGGCUGCCGUGUCUGCCCUCGCUGUAGCUCCUCUCUCUGCCCUGGCUGAAGCUGUCGACGGCGUCCCUAGCACCGGGGCAGAGGGGGCCCCCUCGCCCAUCUCCUCACCAUGCUCCAGCCUUGUAGCUGGGGUGCUUUAUGGGUCUUUCUCCCUAAGGGAGCUCUUUCCAUCCAGGGCGCCGGGCUGUUCCUGGUCCCUGGAAAACCCUGAUCCCACCAAGUACUCCCUCUACCUCCGCUUCACCCGGCACCCUAUCAUCUGCCGAACACACUCCCCCAUGCUCCUUUCCCUUGAUUACCACCUGGCCAAUCAAAGCUGUCCCCUCCACUUACAAACAGCCGCAGCCAAGGAUCAGCAAAUCAUUGAUUUGUGUGGCAGCCAAUCUAACUCAGAGGGACCGUACUCGUUCCUACAGUUUGAUAAGAACUUCGUCCAGCUAUGUCUAACGAGACAUCCAGCCGCGGGCGAGCCUCAGGUAUCUAAGGAAAUACUGGAGCUGAGGCUGGUAGAGGUGUUGCUCAUUAACAACGAGAACUCCAGCCAGUUUACCUGCGGCGUGCUCUGCAGAUGGUUUGAGGAGUGUUUACGCACAGGUCACAAUGGAGAGCAGGAGGUGUCUGACGGAGAUGGUUGUGGGAUGACGCAGACGGGAUGUAUCUGUCCGAACCACAACAUCAUGGCACCACCUGUUCCCUUGCUCCCGGAGACGCCCCACAGUUUCAGCAACGGCUCGGUUCUUCCUGAUGACUGCUGCGUCACUGAGCUGCACUCCAAUGAAGCAAUCGCCAUAGCACCCCGAGAUGUUCGACAAGGCAGCACAGAGAGAGUGCAGAGCGGGCUCAUGAAGAGGAACUGGCGUCUACAACUCUUAAAGCGCGGGACAGAGAGAGAGAGCUGUCUGCGCUGCUGGAGCGAACGGAGGCGGAACACCAGCAGAGAGGGGGAGUGUCGUUACGAACAGGAACUCCUUCCUUACCUCCACAAAGCCAAUGCUGUUGGCCACGUGAAGAAAGGACCGAAGCAGAAACAGAAGGGUUCAAAGUCCGCCACUAAAACCACCAACGGCAAAGCCAAACCGUGUCACUCGACGUUGUCUGAUCUGGAAUGCUUUGAAGAGGAAGAAGAUUGGCAAAACACACGAAGAAAGAGUAUACUUUCUUUAUUUGCUGCGACCAAAGAGAAACUUGCUGCUGAACAUGUUACAGAGGCGCCUAAUGAUGGGAUCACAGAUAGCCGAGGACCGGAGGGUGUGUGUCCUCUUCCCUCAAACAAUGACUGUCCAGAAGCUGACAUGGAUUAUGACUGUGUCAUUGUUAAUGAGCAGCACAUGGUCGGUGAGCCUGUAAGCUCUAAAAACACGUCACAGCUGAAGCUUGAAGAAGAGGAGGAUGUUGAACUCCAGGCUAUGUUCUACCUUCCUAAAUGGGAUUCAGCCAUUCCUCCAUCAUUUGCUAAACUCCUCUCAGGAAGAGAUCAGAGUUUGAAGGUUAUCCUGGCAAACGUGGCGGAGCUCCUGUCCCGAUCUCCUCCGCCACUGAUUGAAGAUUUAGAGGCAGACAUGGCUGCUCCAUCACUUCCUCCGUCUCCUCAGCAACCUCAUCAGCCAUUCCACGUCAAUUUUACACUAGAUGUGGAAGAAGACGACGAUGAUGAUAAUGAUGAAGUAAUGCUGAGUGAUGCUGAUGAUGCACCACUGAGGGCAAACUCAGAUGAGCAUCCAGUUAAUAGAGGGGAAGGUAAAAUGUAUCAUGAUUGGCCUCUUGAGGAUCAGCAGCAGAGCGUCAGCAUGGGCAGCCCCACCUGGGAGGAGGUUUUUGGGGAAGAAGAGAACAAUAAUCAUGAUAUGGGACAUGAUCACAAGGAGACAGAUAAUGAGAUUCACAAUGAGAAACAAGCAGGUGAAGAAGCUAAGAAGGAAAUAGAAAUGACGGAUGAUGCUAUGACGGAGGAAAAAGAGAGCUGUUGGGUUGAUGAGAGGAACCAGGAAAUGCCAAUCUCGACACACGGUGGUGUGUUAGUUGACGCUCAGAUGGACGACAGCAUGGAUCUGUUUGGGGACGACGAGGACUUCCUGCAGAUGACCAUCCCAGAAAUCUCCACGCCUGCCGGCACUUCCAGGAUGUCCCCGGGUGCUAAAGACAUGGCUAAUACAUCAGAAAAGACAUCUAACGUUUUACACACACAUACACCGACACACCUAAGUGGCCCUACACACACAGCUGAAACCCCCCGUACAUCCAAUACGGAUGAUAAAGCUCACACAAAGCACACAACUCCACAUGCAAAGCUGAAUACCCCAAGCAAUAUGGAGACAAAACACACGGGAACAUCAAGUAAACCUGUAGCAGACAAUAUAAUGACAGACCAGGACAUCUCAGCUCAUUGUGACUCUCCCACAGUGCAACAGAAUUCCGAGUCAUUUGACAGCUCCCAUGACUACUUCCCUGUCAACUUUGAUCUUGGCUAUUCCCUGGAGGACUCUGACGAAGCUGAGGAAGAGGCGGUUCCUGCUCUUUCUAUGUUGACCUCUCCGCUCCCUAAGGAGGCCGUUUCUACAGCGUCUCCGAGGGCCGUCUCCAACUCCUCCACUCCCUCUUACAGCUUCCAUAGACAGAAACCGCCUCUGCAGUCCAGUGAAUCUGAAAUAUCCACACCACGAAUGCUGUCGAAGCAUAGAAAGAGAGAAACGGCUUCUUUUCUGGCUUCGCCUCUGGUUUCUAGAUAUGGUGCUGUCCCAUCUCCAAUCACCUCACAAGGAGCUAGACGGACGCUCCUGUCUGGCAUCGCCGGGCCUCGCAUCCAAUGUUUAUUCCCCAGUUUAAGACAGACACAACUGGAGAACUCCCCUCCUCAUCCAGUGGAGUGCGUCAGUGACAGUGAUGAUGAAGUCGUGGUUCAUAAAAGGAGAGCUCAGAGCAAGGUCAAACCAUUCUCGUCACCUGAAGUGUCGAAGAUCUCCAGUGAUGUGGACUCCCCGCUGGUAGUGAAGAGGAAACGCACAGCUGCUCUUAAUACUUCUGAUGAAAUGGAGGACCAAACUGUCUCCGAUGAUGAUUUCCAGAAUGUGUUCACACACAGAAACACAGCACACGGAGCUGAGAGGGAACCAGUCCAACAGAGCAAAGCCAAGCACCCAAAAUGUCGAAGGGGUCGGCAGUUCCUGGAUGAAGAAGCAAAGCUGUCGUCGGAGGAGGAGGGGUCGGGCGUGUCUUCUGAUGAAGAGGAUGGAGAAGAUCAGAACCACUCUCUGGAAGGCUUCGUGGUGAACAACACACACUGCUCUCAGGGACUGAAUGACUCAGAGAUGCAAGGUGUCUACCUAAAGUCUGUGAGAAGCCCAGCUGUCCAUGGAAAGUUUAAAUUGUCCUACAAAAAUCAUAACAACAUGGACAUAUUUUCUCAGGUGCCUGAGAUGGAUGAAACAUAUGCAGCGGACAGCUUUGUGGUGGGAAGUGAUGAAGAGGAGGGGGAGAUCAGCGAGCAGGAGGCUGAAGACAUUGAACUUAUGCCCGAGGAGUCGUAUGUGGAGGGGCGGAGGCAGUAUGCCACCAGACGGCGGGUUUUCCUCCACAAAGCCAGAGCAGGCGCCAAGGCUACACCUGGAUGUCCUCCAAAGACGGCUGGUGUGAAAACCAAACGCACCCGUGUCAUACACAUGAAUGAUUCAAGUGAUGAGGAGAUGGAGGAAGCUAUAAGGAGAAGUCUAGCAACUGAAGAGGGUGUUGCUGCCCCCUUGUGGCCACAGGCAGUACAGCCUAAGCCUAACAGGCAGCAGCAGCAGCAGCAGCAGCAGCAGCAGCAGCAGCAGCAGAAGCCUUCCUCCUCCUCAUCCUCUUCAACCAUAGCAUCCAAAGUCUUGUUGCUGAGCAAGGCAAAGAGGAGCUCAGUGAGUGCGGAACAGCAAAAUGAGAGGCAUCGUCGGAGAUUAGAAAAUCAGCAUUUGCUCUCUGAUGAACUAGACUUUGCAGAGUCCGAUUUGCCGGUAUCCUCCAAGAAACAACCCCAGGUAUGA